AAUCGAAACCCCGAAAUAAAGGAAAUUGCAGAGAAGUGAAGGACGAAGACGAAGAAGAAGGCGAAGAAGAAGUGAGCAAGAUGUGGAGACGCGUGGCUUCACUUUCUCCGAUGAUUUCUUCAUCAUCCCGAUCCCUUUCGCUUAACCAGGCAGCUUCAGGGCUCAAAGUUGGAGAAUCUUUUGCAACGGAGAUAAUUAACCCGGACGAACGCGUUUUGGCGUCGAAGGAGAAAGCUCCAUUCAUUACAUUCGUACUAGGAGGUCCUGGAAGUGGAAAAGGUACACAAUGUGAAAAGAUUGUUGAGACAUUUGGAUUGACUCAUCUUAGUGCUGGAGAUUUGCUCAGGAGAGAAAUCUCAUUGAACACUAAAAAUGGGGCUAUGAUUCUGAACUUGAUUAAAGAUGGGAAAAUUGUUCCUUCAGAAGUUACAGUAAAACUAAUACAGAAAGAGCUGGAGUCGAGUGACAGUUGCAAGUUUCUCAUUGAUGGGUUUCCACGAACUGAGGAGAAUCGUGUUGCAUUUGAGCGCAUAAUAGGAGCCGACCCGAAUGUAGUGCUGUUCUUCGAUUGCCCCGAAGAAGAGAUGGUGAAACGGGUCUUGAAUCGUAAUCAGGGCCGAGUUGAUGAUAAUAUAACUACGAUGAAGAAGCGUCUGAAAAUCUUUGAAGCCUUGAAUCGUCCUGUUAUCGAGUACUACAAAAAUAAAGGAAAACUCUACACUAUUAAUGCAGUAGGAACAGUAGAUGACAUAUUUCAACAAGUUCUACCUAUUUUCACUCCGUUUGAGCAAUUGAAGCAGAGUCGGCAUGUAAAUUCAAAGUCUCCUCUUGGCUCGAAUUUGGUAGAAAAUUAACAAAAGACAGCCAGUCUGAAAUUUGUUCAUUACUCUUGAAUUUUGGUGCACUAAUCACUAUGCAAUGUAUUGCAUCGUUUUGUUUGUUAUACCAUAACCCAAAAACACAGAAGGAAAAAAAAAACCAUGUAAUUUUUAGUAUCUAUUAAUAUUCUCAUAAGCUC